AUGGAAAAGUACGUACUCACCGAUGAUCAAGUACAAGACGUUGUGGAGAUCGUCUUCAAAGAAAUGUGCAAGCACAAUACAACCAUGGAGGAUGCUAUCAAAGCCCAACAAGCAACUAAUACUACGGUCCAAACAAAAUUGACCAGGAAGCCGAGUUUCCUCAAGACUGCUAUUGAGCUGCAACCUGCUCGUGCAGUUGAUGCAGCCACCACCAUCAACGAGCCCGAGACCUCGUUCUUUAACCGAAGCGCCACUGAUGGUCAAGUCCGGUCAAGAAGUGUAGCCCGACCGGCACCCAUAACCACGAUUGUCUCACGGGACAGUAUCACUGAUAUACGGUGGCUCGUUGAUACGCUGGCAGAACAUUCUGAGCAAAAGCGAGAGCCAGUUUCGGAUGCCUCCGAAGUGCCGACGUCUGCCGUGUCCCAGACCAACUCUUCCAUGUUCAAUGUGUCUAGCGUCAUUGAGGGUCUCAGUCGGGCUUCUGAUUCUGAUGCUGUAUCGGAUGCACCUGAUUUCCAUGGCUUCUCGCUCGGGUCUGAGCUUGUAGGCGAACCGAAUCCUCAAAAAGAGAACGUCAAGGAAUCCAGCGUCGAUGACGAAGCUUCCUCGAUCACUUCAUUCCCUAGCCUUCCACAGCGACACUGCACGGAUGAAUGGCUCAGCACCCCGGCUAGCCUUGUCACUCUUCAACAUGAGGACAAAGACAAGGUCAACAUGUACCAUUUGGGAAUUGACGCGAGACUUGGUAGUAUCGCACCCAUCAACAAGGACUUACCUCAUAGAGAUUCCGACCAUGGUACAGCUCUCGAGGUAGAUCCUACCCUAGAUGAUCCUGCGAGUGUUAGACCGAAGCCCUCUCACCGAGGUUCCGACGCUCUGGUCGACUCGCGCGCACGCGGCGAAACCAAGGCACCAGGCCAAUUACCCGUGAAUAGCAGGCGACGCUCUGCCCAUUUCGCAGAGCCUUUGGUACAGGACACUCGCAAACCAGAACCAGGAUUCAUGCAGCAGAUCACGCGAAAGAUCAGUUCUGUGUUUCAGACUUCACCAAGUAGUAGCCGUACAACCCGCGCGCCAGCGCCAUCCGAAGUUGACGAUGAGGUUACGGGAAAGGCUGGCGGGGAACUUGGUGCAAGCCGGCCAGCUGUGGGAACUAAUGCUCCUGGUGUGGACUGCCUCUCAGAUCCUGAGCCUGACGCUGUUUAUCAGGCUAUGGUGCUUUCGAGGCCUACCAAAGACAAGAAGCAACGCCGUAGCACCUGUUCUGAAGAUUAUAUUCCCCACACGUGCAUGGAUGAUCUGAGCACGUCAGGAAUGCCCUCACCCAUCAGCCAGUAA